AUGUAUAUAUUCCUAUUCUUUAUGAGAAGAUUUUUGUAUGGAUUUGCUAUAAACUUCUUUGGAUCCUAUCCAUUUAUUCAAGUUUUUAUGUUAUGUUUUAGUAGUUUGGCUCUUUUAAUUUUCCAAUAUUGUUACUUCCCAUUUGACACGAAAAAUCAAUAAUUUUUUGAGAUUUACAAUGAAACUACUAUACUUUUAGUAUCAGAGCUAAGGACAAAUCUCGGAUGGGUAAUUGUUGGGAUCAUAGGUAUUAACAUAUUUUUAAACCAAUUGAAUCUGGUUGUUUCAGUUUUUCUAGCCAUCUACAUUUUGAUAAAAAGAAUACUUCACAAGAGAAUGCUAAAGAAGCUAAAUGAUGAAAAAGAAAAGAAAAAUGCCUCAUAUGAGAUGAUGAAUUUAGAUGAAACUAAGAGCCUUUCAUAGAAUAUAUCACUUGAUUUAUAAACUGCAAUCAGUACCAUGGAUUUUGAUGAUGGGUUCAUAGUCAAUAAGCCAAAAAUAAUAGAAUAAUAAGCAAAGCAGAAAGUAAUGAACUUAAGCUAGGGAAGAAAAUUCUUGUAACAAAUUAAAAAUCCUAUGAUCCCCAGACCAACCAAAAUAGCAGAUUAAAUUAAAUUAGAUCCAGAAUUAGUUUAAGGUGAUAUUGAGAUGUUAAAAGAAUUGAAUAAAUCUCGAAAAGAUAAUAAUAAUAAUAUAGCUGUUCAAAAUGUGGGACAAUUCAGUAAUGUUGACGAAAUAUAUGAUGACUUUGAUAAUAAACAUCAAGAUUUACUGCUUACUGAUUUUUGUAAUCAUGCAACAGAAGAUCUAUCUUUUCAAUAGGAAAAAUAAAAAUCGUAAUUAAACCUACUUAAACCAAUAAUGUAUUAGAAUCCUAAAUUUAUAGCUAAUAACAAAAUUCUAAAAAUUGGUAGAAGACUAAAAUAAUGA